AUGACAUGGCUGGGCCUUAUGCCCGCUUGUAGACUAGGGUGGUACCUUUCGAAAGAUCUGAUGAAAGAAGUUCAUCCUGUACCUGUCCAAAUUUAUGACUGGGAUAAGACGAAAUCUGGUAAGUAUGCAUGCCUUGAUAACCAUCGAACCCUCUUGCUCAUCAUGGCUAACAGGCCAGUAACGAUCAAAGUAUCGUCUCGGACCAUAAACUGCUCGGUGGACGUGUACUAUCACGAGUUUAAUUCAGCACAUAAACUCUGGCUAUUCUCUGUAAAUGAAGAUACCGGCGAAACCAAGCUCAUGAACUCGGGAGAUCACGUCGUCAAGAAUUCUCGACGUGUCGUUUUCGUAAGUGUUUUUUUCCGUGGAAUUAUUUAA